AUGACUUCAGUCCAGGGCAUAUACCCACAGCCCUACCUCUUCCCAAGGGAUUUCGAAGACAUCAUGGAUAUGUUCCCUCCUUCGCCGGAGGAUCCCGAACUGGUGCCUAUUUUGGACAGGGAAGAUAACAGCGACCUAUCUCGUCCAGACUCAUCUAUCAGUAGCUAUAGCUCUCGGUCCUCUACAGAUAGUCUAUGCAUUCCCGAAAUUUCCUUCCGAUAUACCGGUAUGCAAACACCACAGAAACAUCAGCUUCCUCCACCACCUCCUCCAACACCAUUCUUGACAUCUCCACUGAUGUCUCCGCUAGAACACGGGCUCGAGGACGAUAGAGACUUGUAUUCCUCACCAUUCGUGCUUAGCGCAAACCUGCUAGAGCUCGGAGAGACGCUGGGAGAUCUGUUCGUAGAGUCGGAUUACGAAUAUAGAGAAAUGGGAGAAAGCCCAUAUGUUCCCUUCCAGCACAAACCAAAGCAUCUCUCCGAUUCAUGGUCCCUGCCCUGCUCAUUCAAAGACCUAGCAGACUACCCGGCACUAAAUGCCGAGCCGUACGGUAACGAAGGCCGCUACCUUCCUCCUAUACGAUCAAGCUUUGACGAAGGACUAUUCAUGGCUCGAGAAGCACCAUACGUCCGCCACACAAACCGCACAAAAAAAUCAAUCUCCCGCACACCCCCUCCCUCGAGGCACUCAGGAGGCUCAGAAGAGAGACCCUGGUCGCUAUCUGAGAUCGAGAAACAGCUGCAAAUACUAGCUGAUGAACGAGCUCGAGCGGAGGAGCUAGAGGAACAGGGCGAAUUAACGGAACGGAGGAUUUCACGCAGAGGGGGACCUAUGAAAAAGAUCUCGAGGGCUUGGAAGGGUUACCUGCACCGGUCGUGAAUAUUUUGACGUGGCUAUUCCUAUUACGGGUGUCAAAUAUCUCUCCCUUUUUUUCGCUCAUCUCUCUAUCUGUCCCAGGGCUCGGAGCUGAGCUCCGAUGUGUCAGCCAGUUAAUACCCCAUACCCUUUUCCUCAACCAUCCUUGUAUAGAAAUUACGGCUUACGGUCUGUUUUUUUUGCCACUGUUUUCUUGAGGAAUUUUCAUUUCAUGUAACCAUUCAUUUCUUAAAUUCUAUUUAGGGCAUUUUUCCUUUCCGGUUUUACAAAAAAAAAGGUUCGGGGUUGGCCAUUGGGAAU